AAAACUUCCUCUCAAAAAAAUUUAACAGCUCCAAAUAUACAAUUCAUUUUUAUACCGAUUUUCACUUCGCCUGAAAAUGGCAUGUACUACACAAGUUUCGAUCAAAAAAUAUUACUAAUACACCCCAAAAGUACGGGUUACCUGAAACUUAAUGAAACUGAUCCAGUGUGGAGUGAACCUCUAAUAGACUUUAAAUUUUUCUCUGACGGUGUAGAUUUUGAUGAACUACUGGAAGGAAAUCGAUUAGGACUAAAAAUUAUUGAUACAAAAGCAAUCAGGGAAAGUAAUUUCGAGCUUGAUAGAACACCUCUACCGGGUUGUGAACAACAUGAAUUUAAUUCUGACAAUUAUUGGCGAUGUUCUGCAAUGCAUUACACUGUAUCAAUGUUUCAUCCAACUGGUACUUGUAAAAUGGGUCCGAAAAAUGAUUCGGAAGCUGUUGUUGAUGCGAGACUACGAGUUUAUGGUGUCAAAGGAUUACGAGUGGCUGAUGCAUCAAUUAUGCCAUUAAUAGUAGGAGCGAAUCCACAAGCAACUGUAAUGAUGAUUGCUGAAAAAGCUAGCGAUAUGAUCAAAGAAGAUUGGAGUUAAUUUUUUUUUAGUUUUUUGGUUCUUUUUGAAAAGUAAGUAAUGACUGCAAGACACCCAUUGUCAAAAUCAUAGUAAUACUACAAAAGAAAAUAGUUCUAACAAUUAUAUUCUUUUAUUUGUUGUUUAGAAUAAAUUUUUAUAAAUAUGGUCACGAUUUUUCUUAUUAAGUUUUCAU